UAAAACAAGCGACAAGUAUUAUUAAUAAUUAUGUCAAAUAAUUAUAACACAACCUACCUGCGAAGUCGUUUUUUAUUAAAGUAAAUACAAAAUUACAUCCGCAAUAAAUCGGUAUGUUAUUUAAAGAAAUAUAAAUCUCAAUUGGAAUCACGCAGGUUGUAAAUUUCAGGAAUUUUACUAUUGACCAAAAUUUUAAAAUUGAAGUUGAAACGAUCAACUUAAAACAAGGAAAUUAUGGAAGAAGAAGAAGCAACAUUAGAAGGCCAGUUCCACGAGUUUUCUCGUCUUCUCGAUAAUAAGAGAGACGGUAAUACUAUGACUCUUUACCGUUCCGAUUAUUGGAUGCGUCAGAGCAAAGUUCUAGAUGACCGAAAGGUCACCAUGACUGACACUGGAGUGCUGUGGUGGAAGUACUGCAAAACGGAACUAAACUGGCAGGAAUGGUAUGAUUUUUUCACUGAUCUGUGUGAACUUAAAGGAUUAGAUCAAGAAUUUGUGGAGACUAUGAUGACGAACUGCGGUAUACCAGGGUCGUCACCUGUUCUCAUACCUCAGUUUAGAGAUUUCUUCGACACAUUUAAACCAAAAGAAAAACUGCCGUUUUGAAAUAGUGUGAUUUGGAAGUCUAAUUCAGUAAUUUGAUUUUUAGCAAUCACUUUAAGUUACAUUAUGUCAUUAUUUCAAUUUAAAAUAUAAGACUAAAAGGUU